AUGAAGGAAGCACUUGUCAAGAAGGAUAUCUCUGUCGAGAUCGUAGACUCUCCCAUCCCCAAGCCUGGCCCAGGACAGGUACUCAUCAAGGUUGUCGUCGCAGCUCACACGACUUCAGGCACAAACCCCAAGGAUUGGAAACUCCCUGCUCUUCUCGGAAAUGAGGGUAACAGUGGUGAUGAUAUCGCUGGUAUUGUCGAAGCUGUAGGUGAAAACGUCGUCGGCUUCCACAAGGGCGAUCGCGUAGCCGCUUUCCACGAGAUGCGUGCUCCCCAUGGUGCAUUCGCAGAGUACGCUAUCGCACAUUACUACACCACUUUCCACAUUCCCGACUCCAUUUCUUAUGAGGAGGCUGCUACUAUCCCUCUCGCUGCUUACACUUCCGUCUGCGCUUUGUUCCAAGAGCUCCAGAUCCCUCAGCCUUGGUCACCGCUUGCCAAGUCGGAAGAGAAGCGUCCUCUACUCGUGUAUGGAGCUAGCACAGCUACGGGAGCUUUCGCUAUCAAGCUCGCUGCCGCUGCUAAUGUGCACCCCAUUAUCGCUGUCGGAAGCCAGCGAAGUGAAUUCAUCAAACCCUUCCUAGACGAGAGCAAGGGUGAUGUAUUGGUCGACUACACUGCCUACGACACGGAAGAUAAGCUUGUCACUGCUAUCCAGGACGCUGUCAAGAAGAGCGGUGCCCCCGAGGGUCGCUGCUGGAAGGCUUUUGACAGUGUCUCCGAAGACUCGACUGUCAAGCUCGUCACAAAAGCCAUCGCUGGUCCUCCCGACGCUAAUGGUCGCAAGCCAAGGAUGACGAAUAUCCUCAUGAAGGAAAAUGUUGAGGGUGCUGACCCCAGUGUCGAAGUCGUCUGGUCUAUGGUCGGUCAGGUGCAUAAGGAAGAUGAGAAGGAUAAGAUGCUCGGUUUGACAUGGGCUGCUGCGUUCUCCAGGGGACUUCGUGAGGGUUGGCUGUCCCCUCAUCCGUAUAUCAUUGGAAAGAAUGGUCUACAUGGACUUUCCGAAGGUCUUCUUGGCUUGAGGGAUGGCAAGACGAGAGCUAAUAAGUUUUUGACAAUUCUGAGCGAAACACCUGGAGCUACAGCUUAG